GUGAUCCCGAAGUACACAGUGUGGUUCCCUCAGUCAAGAGCACGUCGCGCUUUCGCAUGCCUCACGAUGGAUUACGAGGAUCACUACGACUCGGGGUAUGCUGAUGACUCAGGCGAUAUGUACUAUGGAGACCGCCAGCCCCAGUAUAAUGGUGAGGAGAUGCCAAUGCAGGGCCAUGCUCUGUAUUACUCUGACGAGAUAGAAGACUCUUCUCCUUGUCCUCCGGAGCGGAUACCUGUGUAUACCCAAGCAUAUCAGCAUGAUGAUAUCGACGACUACGACGACGAGGCCCCGUACUACGAAGAUGAUCUAGUGUAUCACCAGAGUCUUCUGACACAAGGACAACAAGGAUACGAGGAACCGACUCGGAAUCAGCAGCAGCACCCUCAAAGUCGUAACAGAGGACGAUUUGGGAAUGGAGGUUUCCAAACACGACCCAUAUUUCAACGUCAACAAUCGGUAUUUUACCCAUUGCCUCAGUCCCAGAUGUCUCGACAGGUCCAUCAUCCCAAUCCCAGGCCGCUUUUCGCCGUCCAAUCUCGAUGCUCCCUCCGCCUCCACCUCACCCGGCUCUGCAAACGCAUCCACCCGCUUCAGCACGAGGGUCGAAUCCACGUAAUUCCUCCGGUAUCCGGCUGCGCCCGAUCUCUGAUCUGCCCGAUAUCUUCCGCGGAAUAUUUAAGUUCGGAGUCUUCAAUGCUGUUCAGUCAUCAUGCUUUGAUACCGUCUUUCAAAGCGAGGAGAACAUGGUCAUCAGUGCACCUACAGGGAGUGGGAAGACGGUCUUGUUUGAGCUUGCCAUUAUUCGUGCGUUGAAGGAAGCAAAGGCGUCAGGAAAGUCGAUCAAGUGUGUGUACAUGGCACCCACCAAGGCCCUUUGUUCUGAAAGACACCGAGAUUGGGCUAGCAAAUUUGACCCGUUGGGUUUCAAAUGCUGUGAGCUCACCGGGGACACUGUCGUUUUUGGGAAGGGAGCUUGGGGCGACGCUAAGAAUGCGAACAUAAUUGUCACUACGGGUGAGAAAUGGGACAGUCUGACGCGUCAUUGGGGAGACCACGAUACCGUUCUAUCCCAAAUUCAACUCUUCCUAGUCGACGAAGUGCAUAUUCUCAACGAAAGCAGAGGAAGCACUCUCGAAGUUGUCAUCUCGCGCAUGAAAACACGCGGCUCCGCCGUCCGCUUCGUUCUCGUCUCAGCCACUGUACCCAAUAUCGACGACAUCGCGGCUUGGAUUGGGAAUUCACAGCGAGAUGCCGCAGCGAAAGUUUUCGAAUUUGGGGAACAGUUUCGCCCGUGUAAACUGACGAGGCAUGUCAUUGGAGUGGCAAGGCAAAAGAACGAAAACGACUUUUCAUUCGCUCGCAAACUCGACUUCAAAUUAUUUGGUGCACUCCAAACGUAUUCUGUAGGCAAACCCAUCUUGGUGUUUGUGUCCACACGCAAAGGGGUGUCAAAUACCGCCGAACAACUUCUCAAAGACUACAAUGAAGCUCAGAAGGCCAAACAGCGACUUCCGUGGGCCCAUCCUCCCCGCAUCGAUAAGAUCUUUCACGAGAAACGUUUGAUUGAUUUUGUAUCCUCCGGAAUCGGAAUCCAUCAUGCGGGAAUGACGAUCGACGAUCGACGAGCAGUGGAAGAUUUGUACCUGAAAGGGACGCUCAGAGUGGUCGUCGCCACAUCGACUCUUGCUGUCGGUGUCAAUCUGCCUGCUCACACUGUUGUCAUCAAAGGUGUACAGACCUUCCAAAACAACCAAUCUGUGGAAUACUCGGAUCUCGAUAUCAUGCAGAUGAUUGGGCGCGCAGGGCGACCACAGUUUGACAAAGACGGCCUGACUAUCAUUCUAUGCGAGACUGAACUGGAAAACAAGUAUCGUGAAUUAGCGCAGGGCACGACCAUCGUUGAAAGCUCUCUGCAUACCAACCUAUCUGAGCAUCUAAAUUCCGAAAUCGGGCUGGGCACAAUCACCACCAUCCGAGGGGCGAAGGAAUGGCUGCGCGGCUCGUUUCUAUUCCAGAGAGUGCGCAAGAAUCCUGCACACUACGCAUUGGGCAAGGGUGAGAACCAAACAUGGGAGGAGAGAGUCGAUGAUAUGGUCACGCACAGUGUGGACAAAUUGAGGGAGACCAGGCUGAUUGCGCCGCCGAAGGAGGGAGACAAGAGCGGGCUUUUGAAAUCGACUGAGUUUGGCGAUAUUAUGAGCAAGUUUUACAUCAAGCAGAGCACGAUGAGCGCCAUCUUGGCUCUUCCAGAGAAACCGACUCUUCGUGAAGUACUUGAAGUCAUAUGCGCAUCGGAAGAGCUGGCCGAAAACAAGCUACGGACGUCAGAAAAGACUGUUUAUAACAAGCUCCGGCGUCACAACGAUAUACGAUUCGAGGUCAAGAAGGUCGAGCGGACGUCCGACAAGGUUCUUCUUCUGAUUCAGGCCAUCCUUGGCGGCAUCUCGCUGAACACGGCAGAAUACAAGACAAGCGACAGCCAACCCCAUCUCGAAGCGUAUACCGUUUUCAAGCAUGUUUGCCGGAUCGCCCGGGUCGUUGUUGAAGUUGCCGUGGUGCAGAAGCGCGGGGCACAGCUCAAGCACGGGCUCGAAAUGGUAAGGUGCCUGACUGCCAAGGCCUGGGACGACAGACCGGUCGUACUGAAACAGGUCGAGUCCAUCGGCGACAAGUCAAUCAAAGUCCUGGCAGAGAAUGGGAUAACAUCAUUAUUUCAGCUGGGUCAACAAGAGCCGCAUCGGAUCGAACUGUUACUCAAUCGGCGGCCGCCAUUCGGACACGAAAUCAUAUCGUCCGUACGGGAGCUGCCGCACUACAUGCUCGAAGUGCAGCAACAGGAGCACCGAUCAAACGGAGGACAGGAUCCCGUCGAGGUUGAUCUGUGCAUCACGUGUGGCCUGGCCCAAGAGCUGGAGAUGCCCAACAAGGCCAAGAAGACGGCGCGCGGAAAGUACACGAAUAACAUGACGGAUAUCCUGACGCUCACGUCGGAUCUGGAGUUGAUCGACUUUCGUAGGAUUCAGACGAGAGGACUGAAGGAAAAUCGGACGUUCGAGAUCACGGCGGAGCUGACCAAGCCAAGCCAGUCGAUUCUGGUUCUGAUCACGGCUGAGUUUGCAGCGGGACUAACUGUGACGGAGAUCUUGAAGCCCAAGAUCGCGGCGAAAGAGUAUCCGAUCCGCGAUACGCGGCCGCUGACAGCACUGGAACUCGACCUGGAAGGCCUGGAGGAUAGUGAUUUCUGGAAUCUGGACAGCCAAGUUGAUCGGUACGGGAACGAAGUCCCGGAAGUCGUGCGAGAUCUGACUAAACCGCGAGAGAGAGCGGAGAAGCCUGCUGCCGUGGAACUGCCGAAGUCCACGAACAAACUGUCGAACGGCAACUUCCCCUGCAAUCACGCGUGCAAGGACAAGACCAAAUGUCGGCAUCUCUGGUGCGCCAUUUUUUCGUCUUUCCUUGUCCAUGACAGUGCGCAAAGCCAUCGACAGCUGCAGAGAGGGCUUGGCCGAGCCUCCGAAACAGCCGCGGAAACGUACAGACGAGGCUCCACCCGGAGAGAACAACAAGCCGAUGAUGUCCAAGCUGCCUUCCAAAGCCAAAGCCAAGCCCAGCAAGACUCUGGUGAUGCAAGAUCUAGAGCGCAUACACGAGCGCAGCAACGUCAGCCUCAAGAUGCCCGAGGGAUCUCGGCUGAAGCUCGCGUCUCCUCCCAAAGCGGAACCGUCAAAUCUGGGAUCCAAGAAGCGCAAGCGCAAGGCAGUAAUCAACUUCAACGUCGAGCUGUCUGAGCUGGAGCAUGCGCCUGCUGUGUCUCGUGGUGACGAACUGGCGGCAGAUCUGGAGGACGAAUUGCCUGAUCCUAGCGAAUUUGGGAAAACUCUGAGAAGACAGCAACAGCAAAAGGCGGUCAAAGGACCCUCGCCGGACUACUCGGACUCGGACAUUGACUCGCUGAUCCGCAAUGCGCCCUCUGAGCUGGUGACGGCCCGGGAUCUGACUGAAGGCGAAAAAACUCGCAAAUCUGCUAUGAACGACAAGAAACGGACGACGGACGGACCGGACCGGCCUCUGAAACGGGCACGCUUUGACCUCGCACCGUCUCCAACGAAACCGCUCUUUUACGAGGAAGAAGAUCUGGAAUACGACCAGCUGAUGUACGACGACGAUGACGACGAGGCGAUUCCGAACACGCCGGGGCUGAGCACGGGGCCCUCCGAGCCCGAGGAGGAGGAGGACCAAGACAGCACCGGCAUGUCGUAUAUUCCGGAGAUUGUGGCCAUCUGCGAAGAUGAGGAUGCGAAGAUGGAGGAUGACGACGACGACGAUGAUUUGGCUGCGUUGGAGGCUUGGCUUGCCUGAUCGGUGGAUCGCAUCGCAAUUGAUACCAUUUGUUUUUACACAAGAACGGUUCGAAUUGUAGACAAGUUAUCGCCUGCAAGUAUGUGGGGUCAAAGCCACACACGCGUCACACGUGACUGAUCGUGUUCUUCACCGUCGCUCAUGUCGUGGACGGUGCCGGCGAGUGAUAUCGUAUCUGAGACUCUCGUACCCGCCACCAUAGCAACUUCCGAAAACCAAGUUUCAAUUCGCAAUGCAGCGAUUGGGAAGCUCCCGGUGGAGCUGCUGGCCGGGAUCUUUCGCCUGGCCGUGGCAAGCGACUGGCAGCAAGACGCCUUCACGCUCAGCUCCCCGGAACAGCUUUUAGGGCUGUCCCAUGUGUCGCGGUAUUGGAGAGGCAUCAUCCUACAGACCCCGUCUCUCUGGUGUCACUGCCGUCUCCUGAUCCAGCUGAAUCACACGCGCGAUGUCGCGAGCCCCGAGGUCGCGGCCCUGGUCGCGCAGCGCUCGGCGCCGAUGCCCAUCUCGAUAACUGAGAUAACGGGCAUCGUAGGUGGCGGGGACGACGCGCGCGCGCCGGGGAUGGCGCUCGCGCUGCAGACGGCCGCACGGUGGCGCUCCGUGCGCAUCAUGGUGGACCGCCUGGGGCGCAUGGGGCAGCUGCCAGCGGCCACGUGCCGGGAGCUGGUGCAUCUCGCGCUGGUGGUGCACGACCCGCCGACGCGCGCGAUCACGACGUUCGGCGCCGCGCCGCUGCUGAAGACGGUCAUCGUGAUGGAGGGCCGCGCGGUCCUCGCGCACUUGCGGCUCCCGUACGCGCAGCUCGUGGCGGUGCUGCUGCAGGACACGUCCCCGUGUGCGUGCCUGCGCGCGUUGGCGGCGUGCGCUAGUUUGCAGCACGCCGAUAUCACGACCAAGUACGCGUGGGACGGGCCCGGGCCUGGCCCCGGCGACAGUAGCGUCUCGACGCUCGCGCAGCUCCAGAUGCUCUCGCUGACCUUCGAGGCGAACGACGACUCGGAGCUCCCCGACGACCCCUCUGGCGGCUUCGGCGCGCUCCUCGCCCACUUUGCGUUCCCCGCGCUCAAGUCGCUCAAGAUGGAAUGGGUGUUCUGGGACUGGGUGUUCUGGGACAUCGACCCGGGCCGGCUGCCCGCGCUCUGGCCCGCGGCCGCGUUCGCCGCAUUCCAGGCGCGCAGCCCG